GUCAGUUCACUGAGCACCAUGGCGACUGCACUGUUCUCUUCAAUCCCCGAAUGGAUCCCGUCUCUGUUCUGGAGUACUCCCUGCUUGCUUUGCUCUUGUUGUCCGACUGGCAGGAACUCCAUUGUUACCAGACUGGUUUACUCAGCUCUCUUGCUGUUUUACAUUUUGGUUGCUUUCAUUAUGCUGGUACCUGGAGUGGAACAACAAAUAAGCAAGGUCCAGGGGCUUUGUGAAGGGAAUAUGAACUGCAGAUAUUUUACAGGAUACAAGGCUAUUUAUCACAUCUUUUUUGGAAUGGCAAGUUUUCACCUGCUCUUAGCAUUUCUGAUGAUCAAUGUGAAAAACAGUAAGGAUCCUAGGGCACUUGUACAUAAUGGCUUCUGGAUUUUCAAGGUUUUUGCUGCAGUAAUAAUAAUAGUUUGUAGUUUUUAUAUCCCUGAAGAAUACUUCAGCAAAGCUUUAUUUGUAGUUGGCUCAGCUGGUGCCUUUUGCUUCACACUCAUUCAGCUAGUAGUUCUAAUAGACGUGGGGUUCUCUUGGAAUGCAAUAUGGAGGAAGAAAAACGUGGAGGGAGGCACACAGUGCUGGCAAGCUGCUGUGGUCUCUGUAACCUGCUUUAAUUACAUGGUGUCUUUAGCCACUGUAAUUCUGUGCUACAUUUUCUACAUUUCACCUGGCAGCUGCAUUCAGCAUAUAUUCUUCCUUGUCUGCAAUACCGGUGUUUGUAUUUUGGCCUCUUUAAUAUCACUGCAUCCAAAGGUUCAGGCAAGUCUCCUUGAUACAUAUUGCACAAGGUCUCCUGUUUAUUUGAUAAAAAUCUGA